CCCGCGGGGCCUGGCCCGGCCCGCUUACGGGUAGGGGAUACCCGAGUGGCGAGACGUUUCGCUGCAGAUCUGGAGUGAAACGCACGGUAGAAGUUUCCAAAGGGUCCCCCUCCUUAAAUACGGAGUAAAAAGGUGGUUUGGGAGCCGUUUCAGCUCUGUCCCACUUUUUUCCUAUUUAUGAUAUUUUGGCGUUCACUCCGACGUGUUUGCUUUCUGUAAAUGCAGGGAGUAGUCAUGACAAAGAAUGAGGCCACCCCAACAUGACUGUACUGUAAGCUUGAGUAAAACCGUCCUGCCGACCUACUUGUGAGCCUUGUGGGGAAAAAAUGAACUUGUCCUUUUUUGGUUGUUUGUUGGGUGGUUGGUUUUUUGGGGGGUAUUUGUGUGUGAUCAAAGGAAUAUCAAGCUUAAGACAGAAGAACUCAUUUGAGGCUGUAAAGCGUGGAAUACUUACCAAGGUGAAAGUAAUGGUGCUCAGUCAAAGUUAUUUGUUCCCAAGAUGUAAAAGGCAGUGUUAGGUUAGACUAGGGUGGUCAUUUGCCUGUUUAGCUGUAAACUUCUAGUUUGUGUUUCCCAAUUUUAUUAGCAGUGCCCACCCAUCAGCUGCAUAGUGAACUUGAAUCCAUCUGGGUGACUUUGUCCCAUUGGUGUUUGACUUGUGGGUGGAAGAGCUGAAAUGAUUGCCAAAAUCUCAGUAACUUAAUUGUUCAACUCAGAGUACCAACAUCUUCUUGAUCAUUAAUGCCAUUUAAAGUUUUGGCAACUGAAACUAUAAAUGGAAAGGCGUUAGAGGCAGAUAUAUACAAUGCAAUUCCUACUGAAAAGGUGGAUGGAACCUGCUGUUACGUAACUACCUAUAAAGGGCAACCGUAUCUAUGGGCCAGGCUGGAUCGAAAACCCAACAAACAAGCUGAAAAAAGGUUUAAACGUUUCUUGUAUUCAUUGGAAGAUUGCAAAGAAUUUAUUUGGAACGUUGAGGAGGAUUUCAAGCCUGUUCCAGAUACUUGGAUCCCAGCAAAAGACAUAGAAUUCUCUGAUGGAAAUCCAUUGCCUGAUGAAAAUGGACAUAUGCCAGGUUGGGUGCCUGUGGAGAAGAAUAGUAAGCAGUAUUGCUGGCAUUCAUCUGUUGUAAAUUAUGAGGCUGAAAUAGCCCUGGUAUUGAACUACCACGCUGACCCAGGGCUUCUGCAAAUCAGUCCAGUGCCAUUAUCAGAAAUUUUAGAACAAACAUUGGAGCUUGUUGGGACUAACAUCAAUGCAAAUCCAUAUGGAUUAGGAAGCAAGAAGCAGCCUGUACAUCUUCUUGUACCACAUGGAGCAUUUGAAAUAAAGAAUCCACCUGCUUUGAAACAAAAUGACAUACUGUCUUGGUUUGAAGGCUGCAGUGAGGGUAAGGUUGAAGGAAUUGUGUGGCACUGCCAUGAUGGAUCUUUAAUCAAGCUCCAUCGCCAUCAUCUUGGUUUACGCUGGCCACUUGCAGAGACAUACCUUAAUUCUCAGCCUGUUGUCAUUUCUUUUAAUAGAACUAAAUAUGACUGUGACUUUGAACCAAAGAGUUUGUUUCACCACUUUUCAAACUUGGAUGGUCAAAGAUUUGACAGACUCCAAGAUAUCAAGUUUGAUGCUUGAAAUUAUUUUUCUCUUCUAAGUUAAUUUUUUUAUGUGCUGCAUUCCACUUACUUGUGUCUACCAUGGAACUCUUUACAAAUUCUUCUAGCUUAGGCAGCAGCCUAGGUACUGUGCCAUUUUAAGUUUUUCCUAAAUGCCUAAUUUUAUAUAGCAGGAGAUCUGACAUCUAGAGCAGAGAUCUAGCUUUCAGAAUAUUUAUUUUCAGUUCUGAAAAAUCGUUAACUUCUGAGCACAUUUCUGGAAACUGUUAUAAUUAAGUGUAAGAAGUAUGUUGUCUUAACACUGGCUGGUCCUAAUAUCUUCCCUAAUUAAUGCAAUCAACUGUAAAAGUUCCAUAAGUUGCACGUCUGUAACUAUAAUUACUGUGAUACUGUUAUACGUAGGAUUUAGAUUUAGGAUCUAGUUGUUUCUUAACAGUAUAGGACAAACUUCAGGUGGGACCAGAAUUAUUUCUGAAAUUUGAUAAAUUUUUUUUGGAAGUUAUAACAAUUUAUUUUGGGGGAAGACUUUUCACUGUAUUAUUUAACUGGUAAGCUGAAGCAUUAUGCUUGAGCUGAAAACCUAAUUAAGCUAUAUCCUACAGGUACUUCCACUAGUUUGGGACAAAAGGUGUCAAUAAGAGAAAGUAUACUAGUUCUAUUUUGGAGAUCCUUAGUAACUGGAGACAGAUGUGACUUGGUUUAAUAGUACUCAAUUUUCAGACUAUCUCAAUUUUCAGACUAUCUCAAUUAGGAAACUUCAUCAAGGGCAUAUUAAGUAAGAUGGCAUAUGAAUAAUAAAGGUGAGACUGUGAUUGUUUGAGUUGGCUUUAUUUUAUCUGUGCUAUAAAUGUAUACAUUCAGUUAUAUAAAAUAUACAAAAUGAAAAAUCAGUUAUCUAGAAAAAUACCAGUAGUUUGGCUGAAACACUGUAACUUUUUUUGUUCCUAGAUUUUCUAAACUGAAGGUAAAAAUAACCAGUGAUAAAAGAACAGACAUCUAGCACACUGACCCUGAGUCCAUAGUUAAGAAAUAUGAUCACAAAAGAUAGCAAGAACAAAUUAAAUAUUCUUGUAAAUGUGGAACUUAGCAUAUUUUAAGUUUGUCAACUCUUAGGAUAAGUCCAAGGUUUCAACUCCAUGUGACACCUGUAUAUUAUCCAAAUUACUGUUCUAAAUGAAAAUAUAACAUUGUAGAGGGGUUGGCAGAUGUAAAACUCACUUUUACUGGUGUAUAUAAAUACCAUAACCUGUUGACUAAUCCAAUUAUGCACUCUUACCUAUGUGCCAAACUGUUGUAACUUUAAUAGACUUGUAUCAUUCCAAGAUAAAAACAGACAAAUCAGUAAAUGUCCCAGAAUUUACUUUCACUGUCUAUACUGAGGAUACUAAGCACUGGCCUAAUCAACAGAAACAUUGCCUGGACUACCCACUUGAAUGCCAUGCUCUUCAGAAAGCUGCUUUAAUCUGUCUUCUAAGAUGAUAUUUUUCUUUAUUUCUUCAUUGUAGUUGUAUUUCAGAUCCUCAAUUUCUUCAAAAAUGGAAGGGUCAAAUUUUUCUAGUUCUCUUCUCAGCUUUUUUGUUUCCUCCUAUUAAAAAGAAUAAAAGAGUACCACCUGUA